AUGGUCACUGCACACCCUCUCCCUGAAGGCUUCACUGAAAUAGAAGUGUUUGCCAUUGGCACUGCUCUUCUGGUAGAAGCCCUGCUUGGUUUCUGUCUGAAUGGCUUGACAAUUAUUUCUUUCCGCAAAAUCAAAGAGCUGCGGACGCCCAGCAACCUGCUGGUCCUCAGCAUCGCCCUGGCCGACUGCGGGAUUUGCAUCAACGCCUUCAUCGCUGCCUUCUCCAGCUUCCUCAGAUACUGGCCCUAUGGCUCUGAUGGCUGUCAAAUCCAUGGAUUCCAUGGCUUCCUGACAGCCCUGGCCAGCAUUAGCUCCAGUGCAGCCGUCGCCUGGGACCGAUACCAUCACUACUGUACAAGGAGCAGGCUGCAGUGGAGCACAGCUGCCUCCAUGAUGGCGUUUGCAUGGCUGUUUGCUGCCUUCUGGUCUGUGAUGCCCUUACUGGGGUGGGGAGAAUACGACUACGAGCCCCUGCGAACCUGCUGCACCCUGGACUACAGCAAAGGGGACAGAAACUAUGUCACAUUCCUUUUUGCUCUGUCCACUUUCAAUUUCAUGAUCCCAGGCUUCAUCAUGCUGACAGCCUAUCAGUCCAUACACCAAAAGUUCAGGAAAACUGGGCACUUUAAGUUUAAUACUGGCUUGCCACUGAAGACACUGGUCAUUUGCUGGGGUCCCUAUUGCCUCCUGUGCUCCUAUGCAGCAGUGGAAAAUGUGAUGUUCAUUCCACCAAAAUACCGCAUGAUUCCUGCUCUUAUUGCCAAGACUGUGCCAACGGUGGAUGCCUUUGUAUAUGCCCUGGGAAAUGAGAACUACAGAGGAGGAAUAUGGCAGUUCCUCACAGGGCAGAAGAUUGAGAAAGCAGAGGUUGAUAACAAAACUAAAUAACCCAUUAUGGUAUUAAACAAAAUUACUGCAAGUACAUCACUGAAAGCAAAAUUCAAG